AUGUCGGUGGCCAGCAGGAAUCCGUUUGCCCUCCUCGAUGAUGAUGCUUCGCGGCCGGCGAGCCCAUCUCCUGCCGCUACGGCCAAGCAGGCAGCGCCUGCAGCCACCGCCCCCGCUGCUCGCGAUGGUGCCCAGAAGACCCGUGGUGGUCCUGCCUCAAGAGGGGGCCGCUACUACCAACGCGGCGGCAAGACUGCUCCUCGUGACAAGGAGAAUGCUGAGGCUGCUGGUGACGACAGCGAGCCCAAGAAGCGUGUCGAUGGCGAAGGCCGUGGUCGUGGCCGUGGCCGGGGACGCGGCGAUCGCGGACGAGGUGGUCGUGGACGCCCCUUCGAUCGCCACAGCAUGACUGGCAAGACCGACUCAGACAAGAAGGUCCACCAAGGUUGGGGUGGCGACGAGGGCACUUCCGAGCUGAAGGCCGAGGCCGCGGCCGUCACCGACGCCGCCGCCGAGUCCAACGAAUGGGGCGCAGCGGCCCCGGCUCCCGAUGCUGAUGCCUGGGGUGCUGGUCCCACCGAUACCCCCGCCGCCGAGGGCGCUGCGGACGAGAAGGCUGAGCGCAAGCCCCGCGAGCCCCGCGAGCCUGAAGAAGAUGACAACACGCUCACCCUGGACGAAUACCGCAAGAAGCAAGGCGGCCUGGACAUCGUUCCGAAGCUCGAGAGUCGCAAGAUUGAUGACGCAGCGUUCAAGGAUGCCGUCGUCGUCGCCAAGAAGGACGAAGAAGAGAGCGCCUACUUUGUUGGCAAGACGAGGUCUGCUCCUAAGACCAAAACCAAGAAGGAGGAGAAGGUCUUCAUUGAAAUUGAUGCUCGCUUUGAGCGUCCGGCGCGCGGUGGUCGCGGCCGUGGUGGAGACCGUGGUGCCGAGCGCGGCACCCGUGGUCGUGGCCGUGGCGGAGGUCGUGGUCGUGGUGCGAACGGGACGGGCACCACUACGUCGCUUAACGUGAACGACGAGACCGCCUUCCCCUCGCUGGCCUGA